GCACUUACGUACGUGACGGUGUGAAAAAAAUCUAAAACCGAUGCAACACGAAAACACAAGAAAAUCUAAAUGACAUGUAAAAUGCAGUUCAGCCUUUAUGCCAUGCGCAAACAAUCCAACUCUCUCGCGGUUUGCUGAUGCAUUGGUCAGCGGCCGAGAGGAUCUGCUCCGUUUCUAUUCUUCUAUUCUCCGUUUGUAUUCUAGUCUUGCACAUUCGCGCUUAUCCCUAUCUAUAAUAGUGGUAUCUUCUAGAAGUGGGCGACAUGGCCGACGAACACGUUUUACAAUGCAUGGGAAGCAAGAAACCCGUCGCCUGAUACACUGUGACAUUUAUUUCUGUGUUUUCGUGUUGAAUCGGUUUUAGAUUGUUUUCAUACCGUCAUGUACGUAAGUGCAUCCUCAUGGUUUAUAUCAUAGUGUGCACGUGGUUGUUUGGGGUAAAAGUAUGACCGAUCCCGGAAGUAAAAAUUUCGUUGUUGAUAGCGCUUGUCUUCGUUUCCUCUUGUGUCUUUGUUUUGUUGCGCUAUACAGAUAAGCUGCGGUUCGUCCAGUGCCGCAUCCUCGGCAACUGAACCCAUGGUUAUAACUAUGACUAUGUGUGUUAUGACGUCGUUAACGGGCACCCUGUUUAUAUGUUCCUGCCAGCUAUAAGGGUGCUUUCUUUUCUGAGUGCCUUUGCAUGUGUUGUAAAUAUAGCUUAAUCGAUCUUAUGAGAGCAGUGUGAAAAGAUUGCAUUCUGUGUACAAAUGGCUUAUUAUUCGCACCAAGGUCAACCUUGCGUGCACGAUAUUUUCCCAAGAACCUGACAUAACACCUACAACCCCACAAACAACUCGACAGGUCUCAGAAACAGAUCGGAGAAGGUUGCAAACCAGAACGUUCCGAAAACCAGCACACUUAAACAGAGUAAAUUCCAGACAAUACUCAGACGCGAGCUGCAAGCACAAAAACGUAGACAUGGCACACAUCUUAUGGAAAUGCACAGAGAUCAGAUCAAUAUAUGUAGAGGAGAACACGUACAGAACCGGACCUUCUCGAGGAGCGAUGACUAAGCGCUCUGACUUAGCUCGGAACUGCACGACUGCAGCUAUGGGCAAUCCAGCGGGCCCGGGCAGCGGUGGAAAGGCUAUGCCUCACAGCACAUAAUGCCCGGGUGGCCUGAGCCCUGGCUGGCAACCUCGCAGGUCCUUUCCUCAUUAAAGCUUUCACCGUCCGUCCGUUCACGUCGGCUGCACAUGAAAUUAAAAUUCCCGCCAGGACGCCACCAUGAAUACGGCUAGAGCAAAAAAAAAAAAAAAAAGGAAAGCUUUUUUAAGCAUCAUAGUUGAAAGUGCCAGGUGCAGGCCAACAAGUGCUCUAUUCUGACCCUGCACAUAUUUAAAUAUAAUUUGCUGAUUGUGAAUUUAAUUGUGAAAUAAAUACUUUCAUUUCUGCGCGGUUUGAUACAACUUGUGCGGAUGAGUGGUGCAGUUUACAACCUACUGAUUGACCAGCGGAAGCAGAGCGGAAGUCACGUCACGCGACGCGUGCUUUUGCCCGCCGGCGAAACCGCGUCAAUGACCGCGUGUUGUGCGCUCCGGACAAGUGAUGCCAUGUGAUACCGUCAUAUAUCGUCGAGGCUCCCAGUUGUUUGCGACCACGCGCAUCGCUCACUGUUAAGUCAAGCCCAACAGUUAAUUUUUCAAAUUUUUUGCGAUGACGCACAACGAAGAACGGACGCACUGGUUCAAGGAAGGAGCUAUCGGCUUAGGCGUCGGCGUGCUCUAUGGAGUCACCAACGUGUGCGUCGGGCAUCCGUUCGACACCAUUAAGACAAAAAUGCAGGCUCAAGCCGGCUUCGAGAGCUGCAGCAUGUACCAGUCCUUCCGGAAAACGCUCAGGACCGGCGGCGUCGUCGGGCUCUACAGGGGCUGCGUCCCGCCACUCCUGGGAUCUGGGAUCUACCGUUCCGUUCAGUUCGCCGUUUUUGAAGCUGCGUACACAUACCUUGACAACACUGUGUGCACGAGCCAAAUUCCACUCACAGCAGGACUGCAGACGAGGGUCGUAAUCGGAGGCGUCAUUGCAUCUACCGCCCGAGCCAUCAUCGAGUGCCCCUUAGAGUAUGCUAAGAUAAGCCGCCAGAUUGGGCAGACAUGGACAUUACGCAAAGUUUACACGGGAUUUGGUGUGACAUGGAUGCGAACAGUGGGUCUCAUGACGUCCUACUUCAUCUUCCUCGACUCGGGGCGGCGCAACUUCAACGAGUACUUCCAGCGACCCCUGCUGGGACCCUUUCUCAUCUCGGGCCUGGCAGCAACGGCGGCCUGGUGGAUUGUCUGGCCACUCGAGUACAUGAAGUCGCAAGUACAGGGCCACUAUGGACAAAAUGUGUCCCUCCUCCAGCGAAUGAAGUCCAUCUACAGGCAAAAAGGUGGCUUCACAGCCAUGUACCGUGGUCUUGCUCCUGGCUCCAUCCGAAGCUUCGUCGCCAAUGGGACCAGCAUGAUUGUGAUGAGCUACGCGCAGCGGAAGGUCACCGAACUGGGCCUUCGGGAUUGACACAUUUGCAAACUGCUAUACCAGACUGCAUUUCUUUGCACAGUGUGUUUCACUGCAAAUCCUCUCAGCAUUUUACACUGUUAAGUGUCGGGUCAUUUUUCGGGUAGGCUUGUUGACGAGAGCUGUGCCUUUUUUUGUGUCUGGACUUUCCUGUUCAGCUUAGAGCAGUGACGUUUUCUGCAUUUUACUCAUGCGCACAAUCUAUGGACCAAUUUUUUCAAUGGUGCUUUGGUAUUUUUUUCUUGUAUAUCCAUUUGGCAGAUUCUCCCGAGAGGUGCCUUGUUUUCUAUGCUUUCUCUGUAGCUGUGCACUUUUUCGCAGCUGUUGUUUACCAUGCGUUUUAUGCAUACAUGUCUAAGGGAGCCUACAGUGCCUGGCCAGACUGAAAGGCCAUUCUUUUACAGAUGGGCAAUGCUUUGCAAAGCUAGGGAUUCACAUUUUCUGGUCAUCCUGUAUGUUUCCAAGUGUUUCUGCUCGGUGUGUCUUAAACAUUGAGAACAGUGGUGCUCUUAUGUUCGCAUGGGCGGUUAACGCUGACAUGGUCAAAGUAAGGCAAGCACUCGCCUGAGUACAAGGGUGAAAAGAAAAUGCAUGUACAGCUGAUGUUUGUUAUGCACAAUCUUCCAAAAACUGGUUGAGUGGGGGUCGCAAGUUUUCGAAAUAAAGCGAGUGCUUGCCUAAAUACAGUGGUACCUCAGUUCAUGAACACUUCACAAAAAUUCCAUUCAUGAACAGUAGCAUUGGCAAAAUUUCACCCCAGUUCACAAACUGCUCCUAGGAUGAUGAACAGGAACCCGCAAGUAUGAUCACUGGAAAAUUGAUUAAUCUGCCACUACCGCCUUGCGGCACCAUCCCUGUUGUAUUUAGUUGAAUUCAGUUUUACAGUGUAGACCGCUUAUAAUGUAAGUCGUGGCAGCUGUAAAAGUUCGCGCUAUAAGCAGUACCGCGUUAUAACCAAAGCAUGCUUUUUUCGGCUUUGCUAUGCCAAACGGACCACCCACCUUUCAGACACAAUUUAUUACAUAUUUCACUCACACGUACAUGCAACACAACACAGCACAGAAACCAAGUUCUGACAAAUGUGGUGUUAUUUUCGUCUGAAGAUUUUUUUAACAGUGCUUCGAACAAUUUCGCCCUCCACAAGGCUUAAGCACCGAAGCGCUUUCUCACUCAGUGUUCUUUGCGCAGUACAUCUUCACUUUGCUGAGGUAUUCCAAAGAGUCUUUGCACGGGACAUCUGGGUCUGGCGUCAGGUCGACAUCGUCGUCCGACUCGUCUUUGGUUGCAAGCUCUGUGCUACCGCGCACAGCUGCGACGAUCGCAUCAUCCUUGCUCACUUCCUCGCAGACAGGAAGCUCCGAAUCACCGGCAUCGACAUUCUUGGAAGGUGUCUGUGGCGGAAACUUGCUUUCAACGAGGCCGGACCACAUGUCGUCGGUGUUGACCGUCUCAUCGGCAACAUUGUCGCUUGGCUCAUCAGCAUCGAGAGCCUCUGCAUUGUGCACAAAGCCUGCUUUGUUGAAGCACUUGCUUAUUGUAUUGGCUUUUACCUGCCACUACGAAGCGGCAGCCAUAUCAAUCGCACCCCUUAAAUUCACUUUAAGAGGCUGCUGUUGCUGCAUGCUCAGCAAAACUCUUUUGCAGAUGCGUUUUUUGUAAAGUGCCUUUCCGGUUGCGAUGACACCCUGGUUGAGCGGCUGACAUUUUGCAGUUGUGUUGGCAGGCAGGAACUUUAACUUGACUGCAGUCAACUUUGGCUUGUCGGCUGUGAUUGAAAUAAUCGGAAGAAUAAGAAUGGGCUGGGGUGCAUUUGGCAGGCAUUCUCAGAUCAUGAACAGCUGGUUACCAUUAUACCUCAAGAGAAAAGGCAUGGACAGGGCAUGUAAUGAGGAGGAAAGAUAACCGAUGGUCGUUAAAGGUUACGGACUAGACUCCAAGGGAAGGGAAGCAUAGCAGGGGGCGGCAGGAAGUUAGGGGGAUGGAUGAUAUUAAGAAGUUUGCAGGGACAACAUGGCCACAAUUAGCACAUGACCGGGGUAGUUGAAGUAUGGGAGAGGCCUUUGGCCUGGAGUGGGCGUAGCCAGGCUGAUGGUGGUGAUGAUGAUGUGGGCUAUGAAAUUGUCGAGAAUGAGCAUGGCCUGUCACUUCUGUGCCACCAUGCCUUCAUCGAACUUGCAAAGCCAGCUUGUGAACAUGUCUUACGUCAUUUACGCCUUUUUGUUGGAUUUGUAUGUCACUGGCAGGCACUCUCGCUUUUUAAAGCAACGUGGCCUCACUGAUUUUCCAAUGAUAAACAGGCAGUGCUUGUCGCUUCCAUCCGUGUUAGUGCAGAACAACACAGUUAUGGGCUCUUUUGAGGCCUUGUGGCCAGAGCAGGCUUCGCCUCUCAGUGCAAGAGUGCGGUUGGGCAGAAGGUUAUAAAAUACGCCAGCUUCGUCAGCAUUGUAUACGUCUCUGUCCGUAUACGUGGACAGCAUGGUUUCCAAAUUUAAGCCAAGCCAGACUUCGAUGGACUCUUCGUUGACAUCACCGCUUUCACCGCGUACCACUUUGCAGCUGAUGCCAUGGCAGUCCUUGAAUUGCUGGAUCGAUCCAUUAAGUGGGUUGAAGUCGUCGUGGCGUAAAAGAGCACGAAGGGACUUUGUUCGACUUUGUUUGAGCAUCUAGGGUUUUUGUUGGAGCAUGGGGCCACUCACUGGUACACUCCGAGCCCUAACUUCACGAAACCAUAUGAAGAGCGCUGCGUCCACGUCUUCGUACUUCGAUGUAUGUAUUCUCUUCCGUGACAGGGAAGACAAAUGUUGCUGCAGUUGCUGCUGCAAUUUGUUCUUGUGUAUGGUCGACGCGGUUGUGUCGGAAACGCCGUAUUUGGCCGCCACCGCCACCUUCUUCAGCCCACUUUCUAUGUCCCUUAUAAUGCAUUCCUUCGUCUCCAGCGAUAAGGCAUGCCUCUUUCUCACACCGCUUGAAGAUGCCGCCAACGCCAUGGUGAGAAAAGCCCGACAACACAAGUGCACAGAGGACGACUACGACACGACGAGAUCACGACGUGCACACACCAAGUGCAACAAAGAGACUGAAAAAAAAAAGUGCGCUGUUGCCGCUAUCGCUUGUACCCUGCGCUCCGUGCAGCGCGCACCCUGAUUGGAUGCUGCUAUAGUGGCGAGAACACUCGCCACCCUUCCUCUAAAGUCUCCCGCCCUUCUCCUUUUAUUGCGAAGCAAUACUACUUUAGGUCGCACUUCAGCCCGUUCCGUGGCAAGGCGGUGGUAGGCACCAUUGACCUUUAGCGUGACCUCACUGCAUGACGUCGCACCACGUGACCUAGAGUGACGUCACACCAACUGUGUAAAAACGGGGCCCCAUCUCACGCCGUCGCGAGGCGAGGCGGUAGCCACCAACGGCGGCCUAACUCCCGCUCCUCUCACCAGGGGCGCGGCGCGGCGCCCGAGUCAUCCUCGCGUGUCGCGACAUCAGCAGCGGCCUCCUCGCAGCCGCCGACGUUCGGCGGGUGCCGAGCAUCGAGAACGUCGUCAUGCGCUACUUGGACCUCUCGUCCUUCAGCUCGAUACGGGCGUUCGCCAACGGCGUGCUCAAGUCCGAGAUGCACCCGGACGUGCUGGUGCUUAGAUGAUUCACUAAGCCAUAACACUAGCAUAACCCAAGACUACCACCAGCCAUACUACCAGCUGAUCCGAGAAUAACACACCAUUGCCUCGCAAUCACCAGGCUUAACCAAGCUAAGCCACGGCCGUUUUUUUUGUUUCGCUUUUUGCCAAUGGUCUCCACGCGGGCUCCCACGCUCCCCCUUCUCCAUGUUUGCGCGCCCGGCAACCGUGAGGCCUUGCGGGCUGUGCUCAAUGCCUCUGAGAAAAGGCUGUGCUCAGUGUGCCAAUUUCAUGGUCGCACGCUUAAAGGAACUACGAUAUAACUGGUAUUCUGCUUUGGACGCCUAUGCAAUAAACGGUCCGUCUAUACAUUGAGUUCUAUGGGAGAUAUCUCGGUGGUAAAAAAACCCACUCUAUAACCGGUCCCGGCUAAAUGCGGUUACGUUAAAAGUGGCCUGCAUUGUAUUUAGCACAGCAUAGUUGGGUAGCUUAGGCAUGCCACAUCAUGUCAGGUUCACACAGCUUGCUUUUGCAAUGCAUAGAUUGUGAUUUAUUUAUUGGUCACCAUAAACACGUUUACUAUGAAUAACUUUGAACAGUACAGUGCUUUACUGUACAGUAUAGAUGGUUCCAGAUUUCCAGCUCAAAAUUUUUUUUCCAUAGGGUCUGAACAGAUUAACCAUAUUUACUUUCUUUUGUGUGGGCAACUUUACUUCAUUUCACAACGAAUUAGUUUGCGGCCAGAGUUAUGGAAUGAACUAAGCUCGUGAGCCAAUAUACCUCCGUACUAAUUUUGUGUACAUUUGUGAACAAGUCAUAGUGCGUCCAAAACAUCAAUGCAGUCGACUUUCGUUAAUUUGACCCUGACCGGAGUGAUGGAAUUGAUUGAAUUAUCUAGCGGGUGAAAUUAAAAGAUGGAGAAAAACACCACACACACCGUUGAUUUCAUUCGGCAGUCUUUGCACGACUCUAACAUGCCCCCGAAUCAAAUGCAUGCCCACUUCCUACGUGUCUAAAGUAGAAAAUUAAUGCAGAGAUAACAUUGAAGCUCCUGAGCAAAGUAGAAAUCUAACGUGCAGCCAAUUUUUUAGCAAGAAAAAUGGGCAAGGGUCUAACAUGUGUUGCACAGUGGUGGCUUAUUUCCUAAAGUCAGCUUUGCCGCAGUACAGCCGUGUUACGCGGCAAGGCAUACAAACUCCGGGAACGCGCUUUUUGGCGAGAUUUUCUUUGAAAGAAAGGGCAUGUGUUAGAAUCGGGUAAAUACCAUACUCGGACAUUGUGAGCUACCAUUAUUGCUUGAAAAUUUUGCUAGGGCAGUCCGAAUAUAGUUGCCUUUGAAGGGAGGUGUUUAACACUUGCGUUGAACACAUUCACUGUCCCGUAAGCUCUGCCGAGACAGAUGCUGCCAGUAAAAGGGUCACUAUUGUGGUCAGCUAGGAGUAAAGCAUGCUGACUGGUCAAGUUCAAAUUAUCCAGCCAAGGCCAAUUUUAGGAUCGUAAUAAUGGAAAUUAGGGGUCCAUAGAAGUGCAUUGGCAUUGACCAGGACCUUCUGUUGGGAUUGAAUUAAUAGUCAAAUUAAUGCAAGUAUACUGUAUGUUUUUUUGUUCUAGUACUUAGAUGAGUUGUCCUUGCAUGUCGAUCAUGUCCUACCAUUGGCUGAUGAAUGCACAUGCUUCAACUGAAGUACAUGCGAUUCCAAGUACACUGUUCGCAUGCACACAUGCACAAUGUUCAUGUGACUAGUCUCCGUGUAACGUAACCAUUGUUAGGUUACAUGUAAGGCGAAUCGUCCAUGGUGAUGGGCGAAAGUUAAUCGUCCCUGUGAUGCAUUUAAACUUGUGAAACACUUGGCAACCAGAGAGAUGUUUUCCACUGCUGAUACUAUUACAUCGCAUUCUGGAAUUUUAAUAUCUUGUACAUUUCUUUUUCAUAUAGUAUGUAUGUGAUGUUGCAGCAUGUGAACACUGCUCAAUUUUGAAACCUUCCUUACAGUACAAGCUUUUUAAUACUUGUUGUUCUGAGUGCUCGAUUUGUUAAAUUCAUGAUGACUCACGUACAAGUGAGUGUCUUAAUGUUCUGUACAGCUUAUUUUCAUUUUGCAUGGCAUUUAAAGAUUAUUUUGGCUAACUGUGAUGUUGAACGGUUUCAUUGUCAAGCUUACUGAGGUUACCUUGAACUUGUUAUAUUUUAUUUUUAUGCUGUAGGCCAAUUUGUGCAAUUUCAUUCUCUAGAGAAGUUGUAAAUGAAGAUUUAAUAAUUGAACAGUUAUAACUUGU